CCUGCAGUCGCGUCCCACCAAUCAGCGCGGCUUAUCUUGCUCCUUCCGUGCAGCCUGUCGACCAAUAGCGUUGAGCGAAAACGAGUGCGAAAAUUUGUAUUUGCGGUAAGCGAGGCUGCGGCGGACCCAGCGCAGAUAGCCAGCAAGAUGAUGGACGCACUGUCAGUAGUGACCCAGCUGAGGGAUCUGGCGUCUGAACCCCAGAAUCGGGAGGCUAUAGCAAAAGAUGAGGGUUGUUUACCUGGUCUUGUUCUGUUCCUAGACCACAAAGACCCUCAAGUAGUCUUCGCUACUCUGCAGACCCUGAGGUACCUGGCAGAAUCAUCUCAAAAUGUUGACUCCAUGAAGAACGAGCUAGGAAUGAUGGUGAGCUUGGAGACGCUAGCGGAAAACAGUGGACUGAGUAUUGACAUCACAGACCUUGCGAAAGAGGUGUAUGAAGUAUUGAGUACUCCGGUGGGCACAGAAUCUCUCAGAACUCCCGUGCAACCGAUGAGGAGGAAUAAACCGCAGUUCUUUAUCAACAGUUCCAAUAAAAAGGCCAAAACAGUCACGCUACACAUACAGGGUUUGGACGGAACGGAUCAGCGAGGUGUGUGUGAAGAGGCUCUUCUAAAAGUCAAAGGAGUCAUCAGCUUCACUUUCCAGAUGGCCAUGAAGAGAUGCACAGUGCGUGUGCGUGCAGACCUGCCCACUGAGAGUCUGGCAUCGGCUAUUGCUUCCACUAAAGUGCUUUCAGCUCAGCAGGUGGUGAAGAAUCAAGUUGGAGAAGAGGUUCUCGUCCCUCUCAACACCACAGACACACAAAUAGAGGAGAAUUGCCACCUGCCAGAUUAUCUACCAGAAGACGAGAGUCCAGAGAGGGAGACGGACCGCGCCGUGUCCCGCACCGCCGCCAAACAGGAUGCCUCCGGGAGCUGGCUGAGCUCAGCGGCCAGCUUUCUUACCAAAACUUUCUACUGGUGAAGCGUUGAGCUUCAUCAUGUGUAAAUAUCUCUACCACACAAGGGUGACGAAGAAAGCAAAGGACUUGCUGAUAUCUAUUCACCCACCAUGAAAUCUCACAGUUGUUGUUAUACUAAAGCAUAGCGCUUAAUGUCUUUAAAUAUCUUUCCACGUCCUUCUGUAACAUUUUAGAAAAGAUUUCUGUCUGUACCUCUGUUUGUAUUUUGAAAGUUGUUUGUUAAGUUGUUAACUUGAUGUCGUGUAAAUACAUACCUGUGGAUUGUUA